CUUCGACAACCAAGGCGCCCCUCAACAGAUUGCUCUAGAGUGAUCGUUUCUGUGGAAUCUUUUGGUGCAUGACGGACUCGCUUUCCUGAAGCGACCGGCCGCUAUGGGAGCCUCGGAGUCCAAGCUUGUCUUCAAACAAGGUAUCUUUCGGCUGUCCGAAGAGAAGGAUAUACCAGCUGAUGAUCCUUACUGGACCAGGUUCUGGGAGCUCCCAGAAUCAACAGAGGAUGUGUUCAGCUUGUUCACGCCCGCGGACAUACGGCGAACGCGAGAUUCAGCAUUGUCGAAUUUAGAAACACUGAUACUCGCAGUGACAUCUCGCCUCAUCGUACUGAAGAGCCAUCCCUCAUUUCCAGACCCCGAGCUCGCUCCAGACCGUGAUGCACUCAACUGUGUGCGUGUCCUCACCCGCGUUCUCCCAUUCGUCUACGAAGCGGACCACUUGGCGGACUGGGAAGAGAACUUCUUUUGGGCUCGUCGCAGGAAGAAGACCCGUGAGGCGCAGGUAGCCCCGGAAAUACUCUUCGAUGAAGCCCAGAACGGCAACGAGCAAGCGCAGACAGGAAGAGUGAAGAAUAGCUACGAGGAUGUUAAACCGCUGGCAGAAGAGCUAAUCGACACCCUAGUCGAUUUAUUGUUCUACACUGGCUUUACGAUACCCAGGCUACCUGCUGCUAAAAGUAAGGUCAGCUAUGCGAUAUGGCAGAGCGGAGUGGGUUGCAACAGUGCAAUGGGUUCCAGCAAGGAGUUCGAAAACAAUCGAUGCGAGAUCCUCAGAUUGUUGCUUACAUUGACCGGAAAGGCGAUGUAUAUGCCACCCACUACACUACCUGUGCAAGGAGUGAAGGCCAUCACGUACAUUACAACUUGCCCCGAUAAGCAGGUGGUUCUUACCUUGCUGUGCUCUCUAUUGAAUACAACAAUCAAGUACAACCCGGCAUCGUGGAGAGUCCCGUAUGACCAUGUGGUUUGGAAGGACCCAAAGCAGAUCUUGGUCAUAUACUGUCUGCAACUUUUGCUUGUGCUCCUUCUUUAUCCCAUCCCUGAAGAUGGCCGUGGGACCCCGCCGAAGAAUUAUUAUCGCCAUUACUUCGGAAGGCUACACAGACCUCAGGACUUCCAGUUUAUAGUCGAUGGGAUGACAAGGAUCUUAAACCAACCGAUGCAAGUCACGACUUCCUACCUUCCGGGAAGUCAAAGAACUGUCAAAUGGGCCCCUGAGAUGCUGAUGCUGUUCUGGGAAGCGCUACAGUGCAAUAAACGGUUCAGGUCAUUUAUUAUUGACUCACACCGCGCACAUGACUUCGUCAUCCUCUGUAUAUUCUAUGCCAUCGAAUACAGGUCAGAUCCUUCGAAACAAGGAGUGGUAAAGAUGUGCAUCUUUAUCCUGCAGACCUUGAGCGUGGAAGCCAGCUUUGGAAAGAGCUUGAAUAAGAAAUUUGAGGCUCAGGAUACAUUACCGCAAACUAUACGCAUUACUCCGUUCAACGGUUCAUAUGCAGAUUAUCUGAUCAUGUCCGUACACACCUUGAUGACUACGAGCAAAGGAAAACUGGACGCUGUUUAUCCUGCUCUGCUGGCUAUAAUAAACAAUAUAGGCGCUUACGUACAACAUUUGUCACCUGCCACAUGCUCGAGGAUUAUACAACUGUUUUCUUCAAUGUCUGCACCCAGCUUUCUGUUAGCCAACGAGACGAACCAUGCACUCCUGUCAUUGCUGCUGGAGUUCAUCAACGCUGUCCUGGAGCACCAGUUUACGAGCAAUCCUCACCUUGUAUAUGCAAUCCUAAAGUCAAGACAGCGUUUUGAAGCAGUGAGAGCUUUUACCCUUGAGAGCGGGCAACAAGAAAUUGAGCGUCAGAACCAACGCAGAAAGGCGGACGGUGGAUCUAGCGACGGCCUCACUAGCCCCCGUCUAUCUCAGUCUGUGGACGAUCUACGAGCAUCAUCUGGCGUGCGGUCACCGUUAAGUCACAUUCCCGAGGAAGGUGGCCCUUUUGCCAUUGGCGGAGAUGAUUCAGAUGAAGAAGCAGAGGCACAAGACACCCCAUCGCAGUCGUCUCCGUCGGUCCAGAAUUCUCGAACGCCAUCAAUUUCAUCGACUGCGGAUGACAGCGUCCCAUUGCAGUUGCGAGGGAUGUCUGAAAAAGCGCGGGGGAAAAUGCCCGCCGGGGCAACAUUCUCCAGACAGAAUAGUACAACCAGUCUAAGCAGUUAUACCGGCCCUAUCACAUCUGCUUCGGCUGGUUUUACUCCAACUGCAGGUUGGCUGGAGUCAUGGUUGCCUGAACUUCCCCUUCAUACCAUCCUCACCAUUAUCUCCGCUAUUUCCUCUCAUGUUCCAGAUUCUGCAUUGAAGUCCUCUUCCAGCCCAGAGGGUCGUACAUUGAUCUCGAACCUGCCCUCGUUUUCCGACGAGCCUCAGAUCAACAACAUCCUCUCAGAACCUACCUCUAUUCGUGUGCAUUCUUUCGAAUGGUCUGCACUCUCGAUGGGUUGGUAUGAGUCCCUGCUCUGGGGCUUCAUUUUCGCGAGCGAGAUGGUCGUUGGGUCUGCGUCGGGUUCAACUCCUGGCACUGUUGGUGUGUGGAACGGCACAGGUAUCAGGCUGUUCAGAGUACAAGAAACAGCAGUUCAAGGACCUACGUUGCUCGCCCCUAAGGGUGCUGUGGAUGCUGUUGGAAGCAGUCUGGUGCAGCGCAUCGGAAACCUAAACCUCCGAGGACGAAACAACAGCGUACAGGAUACGCAAAAUACGUCCAGAUCACCUAGUGUGCGGGAGGUCUAGGCAGCAGGUGUCUUUUUCUCUCUUUCUUUUCUCUACCUUCUCAUGUUCGGGGAUACCACCUGUUGACUUGACAGCACAGCGGGAGUUCGGUGGUCUCAUUAGGUCGGGUUAUGAUUCCUUGCAGGAGCCGUUCUAUUCAAGAGAUCGUGUCUUCCAAAGGUUCUCGGCCAUGGUGUUUUAGUCAUCAUGUUCUUUCUGUAUUUCAUUUUUAAUUUGAACAGCUUUAACGCAUGGUAAAUAGUCGGUUUUAUGAAACAUGUGGUUAUCCAGGGAGGCACUUGAAUCGAGUAUAUUACCAAAAACAGCAGUGUCCAUAGAACAGUAUGCAAUCUAUACAUGAUAAACUUCUAUAUAGAAGGCAAUUCCAUUUGGACUAGAGCAGGAGUAUUAGACUGAUCGCUUUGCGUUGUCAUACCACGUGCGGAGAAGAUUGGCGCUGGACCC